ACUCGGUGCCUGCUUAGGGAGUUAAUCGUGCUUCACACGAUAGAGAAGAAUGGUCUUGGUCUUAGUGCGAUCCCGGAAUUCGAAAUUUCUGCUGGACUGACACUGCUCUCCUUUGAUUUGUGGCUUAUCUGCGAACCAUGAUGACUUACGCUUGUUCAUUACUCUUCUGGCGUUUUGUUUUUGCGACGGCUGUAUUGAUAUGCUUAUUCAAGGGCGUGGAAGUAGAAUCACAAGAUGGAGCUGUGGAACUUGCCUUGAUGCAACAAUUCGAACAGUUCAUGGUCGAGCACGAGAAAGUAUACGAUUCACUGGAGGAGAAAAUGAGGAGAUUCGAAAUUUUCAAAGACAAUUUAAAGAAAAUUGAAGAACUCAACGCUGAUCCCGAGCAAACAGCAAUAUUUGGUGUCAACGUGAUGGCGGACUUAACAAGAGAAGAGUUUAGGGCGACGUACCUUACUUACCGGAUGCCCGACGACAGGCGGGAGAACUUUUUGACCAGAUUAGAACUUGAUCAUGAAGAAGAGGAGGAAGAUGAGGAAGAGUGGGAGGGGAGAGAUGGAAGAUUUGGAUUGCUCAAAAGCACGAAGAAGCCCAAGACGACGACGACGACCUACCCACCACCCACCAAAGGCCCUCCACCUCAGGCAUGUACAAUCGACUGGCGCAAGAUCAGCCCCAAUUACCCUUCGGUCGAUGAUCAGAAACAGUGUGGAUCCUGCUGGGCAUUUGCAUCGGUUGGCGCGUUUGAGGUGUUGCUUUCUAAAUCGGGGAAAACGACUAAGCUGUCGAAACAAGAAUUGGUAGAUUGUACAAAAGACAACGCCAUGUGUGAGGGUGGCUGGUUUGAACCGGCUUUCAAAGUAAUGGAGAACCCAGGUUUGUGCGCCGAAAAGGACUAUAAGUACACAGCUAAGAAUGGCACUUGCAAGUCUAAAUUCACGGUGAUAGAAAAGCUGAAAUCUUUCAAAGACGUCUCAGGUACUGACUCAAAACUAAUCGCCGCUCUUCCGACCAGUCCACUUCCGAUUGCGAUGAAUUGUAAUGAUGAUAUGCAAUGGUACGUCGGCGGUGUUAUGAUCUCUAAAUAUUGCCCUGCAAAUGAAACAAACCAUGCUGUGGUUAUCGUUGGAUUGUGCGGAGAUGCCUGGCGUAUACGGAACAGCUGGGGUACUAAGUGGGGGGUAGAACAGGGUCAUAUUUACGUCAAGAGAGGUACAUGCGGAAUAGGGGGCUACGCUUAUCAGCUCUUUGCCUGAGUUUGUUCUUCGUGUGGAGAAGUUCUCUACAGCACCAGGAAGGCUAUCCGGGAAGGAUGGUCAUCGAUUCUGUCACGCUCUUCUCACUGAGAAAAAACAAGUAUUCCUAUAUUCACGUGCAAGAAAACUACACAGAGAAAUCUAACAAUUGUUGGAAAUAGAUGAUUGAAUUUAAUCGAC